CUUGCGUUCAACAAGUCCAGCCACAAGGAGAGCAGCAGAGCAGCCCGCAUCCAGUGACAAACGCGUUAAAUAAACUACAUCUAGUUUGUUUGUCUUCGAAUUUCUCUCUUCGAAAGCCCUCAUAUAUCAACCACUAAGUAUUAUCAGCAUGUCCAUCGCACAGUUCUUCGUCGCCUGCUGCCUGGCCAUUGUUCUGGCGACUGUGGCCAACACCCAAGCAGCCACCCAGGGCCCGCCCCUGUGCCAGGCUGGCAUUGUGGAAGAGAUGCCCCAGCACAUCCGAAAGGUGUGCAUGGCUCUGGAGAACUCCGACCAGCUGACAACGGCCCUCAAGUCGUACAUCAACAACGAGGCCUCGGCUCUGGUGGCUAACUCUGACGAUCUGAUGAAGAACUACAACAAACGCACGGAUGUGGAUCACGUUUUCCUGCGUUUUGGCAAGCGUCGUUAGGAGAAUGAAGCCGCCGGCAAAUUUCAACGCAGCCCCAGUACCAACCUUGACCUCGACCUCCAACCAGAACGGACCCACGGACACAGCAGGACCUUGACCACAAACGAGCGAGCGGCAAAAAGCGUUUCUGUUCACAGAGCACAACAUUUAUUUUCGGCGUCUCCAGCAUAGUUAUGUAAAUGUAAUCAAUGCCAACACGAAACUUAUUCAAUUGGAAGCUCUCUAGUUCAUUAAAUAGCGAAAAUCGAUGUAUCCAAUGUCUCUAGAAACUUGCACAUAAAACACACACAUAUAUAUUUGUACAUACAUACUCAAAGACCCCCGAAAACGUUCUAUCGAAAGUUGAUAUUUUUUUUAUUUAUUUAAAGUUUUCUUUUUUCUUCAUUCUUUUGUUUUGUUUCUUCUUCGAAUGAUAUUUAUUGAUAUGAUAAUACAAAUGGCAAGGUAUAAUACGUACUCUUGUUACAGUUACAAAAAUAUCUCACAAAUAUUUCCCUAGCAUGAAGCACUAUUAUUAAAUAUCAAUCAACAAUGUAAUUCCACAAUUGGUUUGUUCAAUAAAGACAAGUUUUCCUCUCAAUAUGUGAAAUGCAUGACAA